AUGAUCGAAGAAAGUGAAGCUCUUUUACGAACAGCUAAAUCUUAUUUAGAGGAUUUGAAGAAAAAUAGCUUUGAAACAACAGGAAUUAAAGAAGAGUGUAUUUUCAAUGAAAUGGAGGACUUUGAAAUUAAUGAAAAUAUAACCGGAGAUGUAAUGCACGACUGUCCAGAAGGAAUUUUCGACUACACAUUGUCAAAAGUAGUAGAAGGAUUGAUUGAAGACAAUUUAAUAACUUUGGAUAAACUAAACAACAGGAUUGACACCUUUCCUUACAAUGAUUUAGAGAAACAAAACAAGCCCAGGCCUUUGUUUUAUUCAGUAGGAAAGAAAGGGGGAAGAAAAAUAAAAAUCAAACAGUCUGCGUCCGAAAUUACGUGCUUAACGAGAUAUUUGGGAUUAAUGAUUGGUGAUUUGAUACCUGCUGAUAAUUGCUACUGGAAGCUCUAUCUUUGCUUACGCGACAUUCUUGAUAUUUUAAUGUCUCCGGUUUUAGAUAAAGGCCAAAUUCAAAGUCUAAAAAUUCUUAUAAGCAAACACAACAUGCAGUACUUGAAACUUUUUGGAAAAUUGAAACCGAAAAUGCAUUUAUGGCUUCACUACCCGAGACUCAUAACGUUAAAUGGUCCUGUUGUCCACUAUUCUUCAAUGAAAUUUGAGAGAAAAAAUAAGGAACUAAAAGAAUAUGCUUCGGGAACUACUUCGAACGUAAACCUGCCGCUGACAAUUGCAAUCAUGCAUCAAUUACAAUUGUGCUAUACUUCAGAAUUUUGUCCGCCUAUUCUCUCUGACAUUUUACUUGGGCUGACAGUUAAUCCGAGUGCUUACAGCCAUUUGAAAAAUUUGAUACCAAAUUUGUCAAGUAAUUUAAGAGUUAUGACUUUGAAAAAUGUAGAAAUACUCGGAAGUAACUUUUCAGAAGGAACUGUAUUUGUCACUAGAAUAACUGAAGACGGUCCCCGAUUUGGUAUGCUUAAAACUGUGUUUUAUGUUGAAGAUAAAUGUGUUUAUUUUAAAACGAAAGAAUUUGAAACGAUUUACUUCAAUCAUCAGUACCACGCGUAUAAUGUACAUUGUGAUCCAAGUAGAUCAAAUUUAUUGAUAAAUGCGGAGUUAAUACCGAGAAUAGCACCUUGCCUACUAUGUACAAAAAAUGGCGAUCAAUUUGUAGCAACAAGAUACAAAGUUUAA